AUGUUAAUCUUUAAUUCUUGCUGGGUGAUUGUCACCUUCGUUUUUGCCGCUUUGGCCAUACGGCAACUCCCGGACUUUGCUUCAGACGUAUUUGGUAUUCAGCAGAUACAACAAUAUGGGAACGCAACCCUCGAAAAGCGCGACGAUGUCCCUGCUGGCUAUACUGCCCCUCCUUAUUACCCCACACCCAAAGGUGGUUGGAUUGCCAGUUGGACAGACUCCUACGCCAAGGCGGCAGAAGUUGUCGCCAACAUGACUCUGGCCGAAAAGGUCAAUCUGACAUCUGGCACUGGUUUAUUGAUGGGCCCAUGUUCGGGAAAUACUGGAUCGGCUCUGCGUUUUGGCAUCCCUAAUCUCUGCUUGCAAGAUUCUGCCCUCGGAGUUGCUACAACAGACAACAAUACGGCCUUUCCAGCUGGCAUCACAACUGGAGCUACGUUCAACAAGGCUCUCAUGUAUGCGAGAGGCUACGCAUUGGGACAAGAGGCACGUGGAAAAGGAGUCAAUAUCCAACUUGGACCGACUAUUGGACCUAUCGGACGCAAGCCACGAGGAGGAAGGAAUUGGGAAGGCUUCGGUGCUGAUCCCGUUCUUCAAGGUUUUGGAGGAUCCGGUACUAUUAAGGGAAUGCAAGCCAAUGGUGUGAUAGCUACAGUGAAGCAUUUUAUUGGAAAUGAGCAGGAGAUGUAUCGAAUGGAUAUCCCUCCUCAUGGAUUAAUGAAGGCCAUCAGCAGCAAUAUAGAUGAUCGAACCCUUCAUGAACUUUACGCUUGGCCAUUCAUGGACGCCAUCAAAGCUGGGGUGGGAGCUGUUAUGACGAGUUAUAAUGAUGUAAACGGAAGUGCAAGUUCUCAGAAUAGCAAGAUGAUCAAUGGGAUACUCAAGGAUGAAUUUGGAUUCCAGGGACUGGUGAUGACCGACUGGCUUGCACAGAUCGGGGGUGUUUCUUCCGCUUUGGCGGGUCUAGAUAUGUCAAUGCCUGGUGAUGGAUCCAUUCCACUACUUGGACUUGCAUAUUGGUCCUAUGACCUCUCCACAAGCGUGCUGAAUGGCACAGUACCCCUUGAGCGUCUCAACGACAUGGUUACUCGUAUAGUAGCUACGUGGUACCAACUCGGCCAGGAUCAAGACUACCCAUUACCCAAUUUUUCGUCGAAUACCGCAGAUCCCACAGGGCCUUGCUACCCAGCUGCCCUCUUAUCACCAACCUGCGUCACCAAUCAAUAUGUCAAUGUUCAGGCCGACCAUGCAAAUGUUGCUAGAAACGUAUCGCGAGAGGGAAUUACUCUGCUGAAGAAUGAUAAUGCAACGCUGCCGCUUACCACCAGCGCUAGUCUGAAAGUUUUUGGAUCAGAUGCCCAGAACAACCCAGACGGCAUCAACGCCUGCAAUCAGCGUUCCUGUGACACUGGUAUUCUCGGUAUGGGUUGGGGAAGUGGAACCGCAAACUACCCCUACUUGGACGCACCAAUUGAUGCUCUCAAAAGAAAGGCCGCAAACGUAACUUAUUACUCCAGCGAUACUUUUCCAUCUGGGCUUACGGCUGCCACUGGAGACAUUGCCAUAGUCUUCAUCAACAGUGAUUCUGGAGAGAAUCAGUACACAGUUGAAAAUAACCACGGAGACCGUGAUGGCAGUGGUCUUGUCUCAUGGCAUAAUGGAGAUGCUCUUGUCCAAGCAGCAGCAGCCAAAUACGCUACUGUGAUUGUAGUUGUUCAUACUGUCGGCCCGAUUGUGGUCGAGCCAUGGAUUGAUCUUCCAUCCGUCAAAUCGGUCGUCUUUGCUCAUCUUCCAGGUCAAGAAGCUGGUGACUCCUUAACUGACAUCCUCUUUGGCGACUACUCCCCAAGUGGACACCUCCCCUACUCAAUUCCUGUAGCUGAAUCCGACUAUCCAUCCUCGGUAGGCAUCGUGGGUUUCGAAGUCACCCAAGUCCAGGAUACUUUCUCGGAGGGUCUCUACAUCGACUACCGUUAUCUGAACAAGAACAAGACCUCGCCCCGGUACGCAUUCGGCCACGGUCUCUCUUACACCACCUUUUCCAAAUCAAGCAUAGCCCUCACAUCCGUCACCCCACUCUCAUCCCUCCCACCCGCACGAGCAGCCAAGGGCUCAACGCCUGUCUAUUCCACUGCCAUUCCACCAGCAUCCGAAGUCGCGUGGCCCACAGGCUUCAACAAAAUCUGGCGUUACCUAUACCCCUACCUCGACGAUCCAGCCUCCAUCUCCUCCUCAACCCCCUUCACCUACCCAACCGGUUACCAAACAACCCCACAACCCGACCCGCCAUCCGGCGCGACCAAGGCGGCAAUCCCGCUCUCUGGGACAUCAUUCACCGUGACCAACACCGGUUCCGUAGCAGGAAAAGACACAGUCAUGUUGUUCCUCCAACACCCAUCGGACUCUCCAUACGACACGCCUAUUAUUCAACUCCGCGAUUUCGAGAAGACGGAUACGCUCGCGCCGAAUGGGAGCGAGACGUUGACGCUUAGUGUGAAAAGGAGGGAUCUGAGUGUGUGGGAUACCGUAUUGCAGAACUGGGUUGUUCCUGUUAGUGAGAGUGAGCCGUUUGUCUUUUGGGUCGGGAAUAGCAGUGCAAAUUUGACGCUUGCGUGUGAGAGUUUGAGCGGGGCUUGUAGUUCUGGGAGGACGCCUCCUGUUGUUUGA